GUAGGGUGUCGAUUGGUAAAAACGGAUUAUCCGCAGUGUCUCUUGGCAUUAUGGCAACAGCCACCUGGCCGUCCUAUUUCUCACCUUUCUACUUGCUUCCUCCAUACUGAACACCCUCCGCCGCGAUGAUCCCCGUCUUGCAACAGCCCACCGCCAGUGCCAUGCCCGCCCAUUUUAACGACUCACUCUACCCGUCAGACGAAAAAUGCGGCGGAACCCAUGCCUCCCGCUGUCAAAUCGACUACUAUAACUAUGUCGACGAGUCCCAAGCACCUUGUCGGUGCUCACAAGCCCGCUCCCACCGUACAUGCCACAAAGCACGACUACGGAAAAUGCUGGGUCCUAUCCUACUCACGCUCCUCGUUCUCGGAGGCAUCAUCCUCGUGUGGUGCAUGACAGACAUGGAUCUGUUUGGAGCGGUGUUCGGAGGUGACGGUGACCCAUUGUCCUUGGUUAAACGACAGUCUUCAUCGAGUGGAUCGAGCUUCACGAACAACAAAUUAUACCUCAUUGUCAUUUUCGUGGGGUUGUUCCUGGUGGUGAUAGCUGCCAUUAUGCUUAGUUUCUGGUGCUGCAGAGGUGCAUUUGAGAAUCCGCUCUGUUGUCCGUGCUACCUGUGCGCAUGUUGCGGUGGUCUCGCUUGUCUGGAAUGUAUUGGGUGUGGGCUCUGCGCUGCUGGAUUGGACGAAGCAAUGUAACCCACCCUUACGAAGUUGCAUCUCCGUAUCAUUGCCCUUUUUCCGUUUAUCUUCUUGGACAUUUUCUCGAACCUUAUUCCUGUUCAUCCACGUGAACGGUUCGAAGCACCGCGGACUGUCAGGCGCACAAAAAUGGUCGCCCUCAUAGCUUUUUCAUUUUUUGAACGGACCGAAUGCGUGUGAGGCCGUCUCACCCCACUUUCCAUGCCACUCUUUCGUAUCUGAAAUAUUGUAUAUCCUGAUACCAAGCAAGCUCAUGUCGUACGUGAUACCGUGUUAUUCUAUCACAGCAACCAGUGAGCCAGUCCCAUGGUAUGAUUCCUCGGUGUGGGGGUGAAUCAUUCCACGAUCUCCGUGUCCAACGGUGUGU